UCCAAUUAAAAAAAUGCCCACUGAAAUGCCAGUCCCAUAAAAGGGUCAAAGCAGUAAUCAAAAAUUGAUGAAUAAGUGUCUUGAAACCUCCCUCUUGAAGGAAUUCAAAUCAUAGGAAGGUGGAAAUACAGAAGCAGGCAGUGAGUUCCAGAGUUUACCAGAGAAAGGGAUGAAUAAUUGAGAAUACUGGUUAACUCUUGCGUUAGAGAGGUGGACAGAAUAGGGGUGAGAGAAAGAAGAAAGUCUUGUGCAGCAAGGCCGUGGGAGGACGGGGGGCAUGCAGUCAGCAAGAUCAGAGGAGCAGUUAGCAUGAAAAUAGCAGUAGAAGACAGCUAGAGAUGCAACAUUGUGGUGGUGAGAGAGAGGCUAAAAAUAGUCAGUUAGAGGAGACGAGUUGAUGAGACGAAAAGCUUUUGAUUCCACCCCGUCUAGAAGAGCAGUAUGAGUGGAACCCCCCUAGACAUGUGAAGCAUACUCCAUACAUGGACGGAUAAAGCCCUUGUACAGAGUUAGCAGCUGUGAGAAAAACUGGCGGAGACGUCUCAGAACGCCUAACUUCAUAGAAGCUGUUUUAGCUAGAGAUGAGAUGUGAAGUUUCCAGUUCAGAUUAUAAGUAAAGGACAGACCGAGGAUGUUCAGUGUAGAAGAGGGGACAGUUGAGUGUCAUUGAAGAAGAGGGGAUAGUUGUCUGGAAGGUUGUGUCGAGUUGAUAGAUGGAGGAAUUGAGUUUUUGAGGCAUUGACCAAUACCAAGUUUGCUCUGCCCCUAUCAGAAAUUUUAGAAAGAUCAGAAGUCAAGUGUUCUGUGGCUUCCCUGCAUGAAAUGUUUACCUCCUGAAGGGUUGGACGUCUAUGAAAAGACGUGGAAAAAUGCAGGGUGGUAUCAUCAGUGUAGGAGUGGAUACAACAAGAAGUUUGGUUUAGAAGCUCAUUAAUGAAUAAUAAGAAGAGAGUGACAGGACAGAACCCUGAGGAACACCACUGUUAAUAGAUUUAGGAGAACAGUGACUGUCUACCACAGCAGCAAUAGAACGGUCAGAAAAGAAACUUGAGAUGAAGUUACAGAGAGAAGGAUAGAAGCUGUAGGAGGAUAGUUUGGAAAUCAAAGCCUUGUGCCAGACUCUUUCAAAAGCUUUUGAUAUGUCCAAGGCAACAGGAAAAGUUUCACCAAAAUCUCUAAAAGAGGAUGAUCAAGACUCAGUAAGGAAAGCCAGAAGAUCACCAGUAGAGUGGCCUUGAUGGAACCCAUAUUGGCGACCAGAUAGAAGGUUGUGAAGUGAUAGAUGCCUAAGAAUCUUCCUGUUGAGGAUAGAUUCAAAAACUUUAGAUAGGCAGGAAAUUAAAGCAAUCGGAUGGUAGUUUGAGGAGCAGGAAAUUAAAGCAAUAGGAUGGUAGUUUGAGGGAUUAGAACGGUCACCCUUUUUAGGAAUAGGCUGAAUGUAGGCAAACUUCCAGUGAGAAGGAAAGGUAGAUGUUGACAGACAGAGCUGAAAGAGUUUGACUAGGCAAGGUGCAAGCACGGAGGCACAGUUUCGGAAAACAAUAGGAGGGACCCCAUCAGGUCCAUAAGCCUUCUGAGGCUUUAGGCCAGGGAUUAGGUAUAGUUUAAACCACUGAGUUUGUUGUAAGCACCCCACUGGUCACUUAUGAUUGCUGACCCUGGCUGAAUAUAUUGAUAUAUGAGUGGGAUCUGUGAUUCCCAGUCUUGCUACUCAGCCUCCCUUAAGGGACUCACCAGUGGUACGAUAAACCUCUCAUUUGUUUCCAGCUCUAUCUUCCCAAAGAGCCAAAUUUGUGAGUGCCUGGCCUUUCCCAGACUUCCGUUGCACAAUCACCAUGUCAUCUACUUCCUUAAUGACCCCAGGACCACUAGUGAUGCAUUGGUUAUUCAACCAUAUAAUCUGUUACUUCACUGCAGUUUUAUGGUCCCAGUGGUUAGCCAAUAAAACAGCUUUCCAUGCUGGAAGUUUAAGUGUUCUGCAGGAAGGUGCCCAUUGCAUCAGCAACAGUCAAGUCACAGUAAUGGCACUACAUAGUUUUGGGGAGCACUUGGCUUGCCUUGCACACCAGCUUCUUAUACUUUGACGGGAGGUGCAGUCACUGUUGCAAGUUUGGCACUUCACAUUCUGUGGGAGAACUCUGUGUUCCUUUAAAAAAAGCCACUAUGAGGCAUCUUUGCCAGACUGAUUCAAACUCAGGCUUUGUCACAUCUGACAAGACAAAGGUUCCUGGUAGGCUAAAAUAAGUAAAUAUUUUUCACUGGCCUGUAGUGUUGUCUUCAUUCAAAGAAACCAGUCAUUGCUAAUUAUUCUGCACUAGUGCUUACAGGUCACUCACCCAUGCAGCACGUACAUGUACGAACACUCGGCAUCACUCAGUGGACAGUUGACAAUUUGAUGUCUAGCAAGGUGGUGUGUUGCUCUGGGCAAUUGACCCAGAUGGACUGCAGUGUUGCAUGGGGGCAGUACGGACAAGAUUUUAAAAAAUCGCUAGCAGUGUUAUAAUAAAUUUUCUAGUGCAUGUAUAUGGGGUUGAAAAUACCCAGAAUGAAAGGAUCUAUCUGAUGAGAGAGAAGGCAAGCGGAAAACUGGAGAGGAUACUGUGCGUAUACAGCAUAUCUACGAAUAAGUGUCCAGAUACAAGAAUGGACCAGCCUGAAAGUAUGGAGGUGGACUCAAUAAAAGACAGCAGGCCAGAGCCAGAAGAAAAACAGGAUAGUGCAGUGGAAAAGGAAAAAACUGGAGGAGAAGAGCAUUCACUUGCUAUAGAAAAUAAUGAACAGUGUGAUAUUUCUUCAAAUAUGGGUGUGGUGAUUAUGGAUGAUGACUUGCCCCAAUCAGAGAUUAUAGAUAUUGAUAAGAGUGUUUCAGACCAGCAGUGUGGUGAAACUAAUGACAGCCAGGAUCAAGAAGGUGAAAAUGAGCUAGCAAAUCCUCUUUGUACAUCAGAUGAACAAGAGAACACAGACAAGCAAGAAUUGGAGGCUGAUGUACUGGAGAUAAUAAAUAUGGAGAUGCCCAGCACUGAAGAGUCAGACAGUUCAGGCUUUUGCUCUGUAUCAAAAGCCACAGAAAACAGCAGCUCAUUGGAUAAACAGUCUGUGAUCUUGAGUUCAGUUGAGAGAUCAGAAGAGAUGAGUGAAAGACUGGAGGAUGGGACGUGUUCAGGAGGUGCUGACGCUGCACAGAAAACAAGUGUGGAGAGUGAUGUGAGUAAAGAGGAUGAUAAUGAAGACAUUGUUGAGGUCCCAGUUCAUAAAAAGCCAGCUGUGCUUGUUGACUUAUCAGAUGAUGAUGAAAGUGUUGGUAAGAAUAAAAAAAAUCAGAAGAAAAACCAAAACAGAAAUUCCACUGAUGACUUCAGUGUUAUGGAAGAUAAGGCAGCUAGCAAUGAAAGUAAGAAAAUCAAACUUCGAUCUUUGGCUUCACUUGUGGAUGUUGGCAGUGGGGAUGAUGUGCCAACAAACUCACACCCAGACAUUCCAGGAAUUGGAGAAAUAGUGGAGCAUGGUGUUAUAAUUGGCUCAGAUGAAAUGGAUGGCCUUCAGUUGAGAAUCUCCAAUGUGGUGGGUGGUGAGGACUGCAUCACAGGUCUUACUGUUGAUGAGGACCGUGAUUCCUUCUCAAGCAUUCAGAUUUCUUCUGUGACAACACUCAUUGAUCCCAUUAGCCCUGAGGAUCCUAAUCAGAUGGACAAUAGUAGUGAAAAGCACAAUGUAGAUGAAGGGAAUGAAAAGGAGACGGAAGAGAACCUGCCAUGUCAUCUUGCAGGCAGCACCUUAAAUUCAACAACUGAGCCUCAGACCAGUAGUGCAAGAAUAGCAGCCAGUGACAGUGUGGGCCUGACCAAGGAUGGUGGAAAGAAAUCUGUGGAAAACAAUGAUGAUCCCUCUGAGGAGAUAGGGAAGUCUUCAAAUGGAAAAGAUUUGAGUGAAUCAGGAUCGGCAAGCUCUAAGAUUCGACUAAGCACUGCUGUGACGGAAGCUGCAAAGGAUCUGGGGAACACGGAUAAAAACAGCCCUUCCCGCCAUGUGUACCACAUCCUGCGUAGCAUAUUGACUGUAAAGAGAGAGUGCAUUAUAUGUUACAGGAAUAUCCGAUGUCAAUUUAGAAUUGUUAAGAAGGAUGAAAAUGGAACGUGGGCCUUCCUGUGUUCAACAUUAUGUCGCCUCACGUGGACCUCUGGGCUGAUGCCCAAUCAUGUGGUUGAAAAACCUCGUCUGAUAUUUGAGAAGCUGUGUGGCAUGUGCGGGAAGGAUCUAGCCAGUCUGUCUCGUGAUGGACAGUACUCCUGGGAAACAAGGGAAUUUUGCUCAAAGGAUUGUUUAACUCAGCACCUGAAUGAAGUGGCAGGAGUGUGUCACAUGUGUCAUGAGAGGGUGCGCCCCAUACUUAUUGGGAAGUACUGCGUCCGAUUUGGGUCUGACAUACACCAGUUUUGCUCCAAUACUUGUCUUGAAUGCUACAAAACCAAGAUAAAAGUUUGCUGUUAUUGUCAAAAGAACCUUGAAACUGUCAGUAAAGUUACAUCUAUUUCAAAUAAGGAAUACUGCAGCUCAAAAUGCUUAAAGCGAGCUCAGCGAAGGGAUAUCGGCCAACAGAACCAUACUGACCACUAUCCCUGUACGGUGUGCCAGACCAUAGGCCUCAACCGAUAUGAAUUUGUCAUAAAUCAAGAGACCUACCAGUUGUGUUCAGAUCCUUGCUUGAAUGUUUACAAGUAUGCAAACAAAGUUAAAGCAGUUCCCUGUUGCUUAUGCUUCCGUGUGAUGAAUGCAGAGGACACAGCACACUACUUGUAUCACGGAGGUCAUCAGUUACGGGUGUUUUGUUCGGAUUCCUGUGUAAAUGUGUUCAUUUUGUCUGCUCGCAAAAUCGUUGUCUGCGAGGCAUGUAAGGUAAAGAAAUACAACUUUGAUAUGAUUCAUCGACAAGUUGAUGAGGACUUCAGGGACUAUUUCUUCUGUUCAUUAAACUGUCUCGACUGUAAAGAACAAAGCGUCAGUGGGAAGAAAAGCAAAAAUGGAGGGACCUCAACAUCUCUACCAAAAAGUGGGUCUGUCACAUCAACUGCUGCCUCUGAUCAACCUGUCACCAAUUGCAACAUGUGCAAUGCUGUAGCCAAGGCUCAGUACCACAUGGUCAUGUCUGACAACACACUCAGGAGUUUUUGUCGUUAUGCCUGUGCUUCCAAGUACAAAAAUACUUUCGGGUUUCAAGUGAAUGGAAUUCAGAGUUCAGACUCUUCUGAGACCACCAAUUCAGUUCCAGUUUUGCGAGAGAAAGCCCCUCAAAAAGCUCCUGCAAGUCAACCAGAAGAACCAGAAAACACAUCUCAGACCAAGAAAAAAACUGUCUGUGAUCCAGUGGAGGAAGUCAAUUCUGUGACAGCAGAGUUACUGAGACUUCUCACACCACCAACUAUGGUGAACAAGACAACCUCCUGUCGACCAGGUACCAUGACCAAAGGAGUGUACUGCAAACCUCACCCAUGGCACAGGCAAACACAAACAGAAUCUUCAGAUAUCAAUUGUAGCCUGUAUACCUCUAAACCUCCACCUGUGCUACCAGUGCCAGUGCCUAUCUAUGUCCCUACACCCAUGAUGACGUAUAACAUGCCAUAUCCAGUGCCAGUGUUUGUUCCUAUACCACUCCCAGUUCCUAUCUUCAUUCCAACCACAGCCAAAACCACCAGUGACAUUGCAAAAAUGAUGACUAAAAUUCAAGAUGAAAUGCCAGCAGACCCAUAUGAAGCUGAAAUGCUGCUUUUGGCUCGUGCAUCUAGUGAGAGUGCAGAGGCAGAAGUGCCAGCAGAGAAAACACACAAAAAUCCUUCUGCACCUGCUGAUUGUGAUAGUCAUGCUGCCACUGAUGAACUCAAAGAUGUAGAUGUGUCUUGUCUUGACAGUGUGGAGGAUGACAUUCCAAGAUUAUCUUUAAAACCUUUAGAUGAUACAGCCAUUUUGAGCACCAGCACAGUACCUGAGAACAUUGAUUCAGAAGAUGAAGGUGAAGCACCAAAUCCCAAAAAACGAAAACUGCAGCAUGAAGAUGGUAAUCCCAAGAAGAAGGCGUUACUAAGUGGGAGCUGUGAGUCUGCGUCUAGCAAUGAUCCUGAGAGGGAACCCCAGUCAACCUCCAGCCUGAGUGCUGAGCACCUAGAAGAGGAGUACCCAGACACCUUUCUUAAUAAAAUGUAUGGUCUGGCUGCAUGGAAGAGCUGGGUGACCAGAAAGAAUGCUGAGCUGGCUGGGGUGUCAUCCUCCCGGAACAUGAAGAUGAUAAGUGAUGACCUUCUCUCCAUGAACUGUGAGGAGCUCAACUAUGCACUCUGUCUUUUCCUGAAGGAUCUAAGAAAAAAGAAUGGAGAAUCAUACCAGCCAGACACAAUCUUCUAUCUUCUGCUUGGUAUUCAACAACACCUCUUUGACAGUGCAAGAACAGACUGCAUAUUUAUGGACUUUGGUUUUGAGAAGUUCACCAACAGUUUUGAUGAAAUAACAAAAAACUUCAUAAGCCAGUCAUUGCCAUCAGAUGGGGAGUGUUCCAGUAGUUCCAGUGCACCAGGUGUGACAAGAAUAACUGAGAGUAUGCUAUGGGAGUGUAGACAGUUGGGAGCCCACACACCACAAGUUCUUCUCAACACACUCUUCUACUUCAAUACCAAGGUCUUCAAACUCAAAACUGUUGAAGAACAUCAGGCCCUGUCAUUCUCUCAUAUUGUCAAACAGUGGAGACGAACAGUUGUGGAUCCUGAAGGCUCUGUCAUGAGAACCACUCUCCUCAAGUACUUUGGUCCAAAAAAAGAUGGGAAAAGAAGAAAAGUAAUUGAAAUGCAAGAAAAUAGGGACGAUCCUUUGAGAUGUCCUGUGAAACUCUUCGAAUUUUAUCUUUCAAAGUGUCCUGAGUCCCUCCGCCAUCAGGAAGGCAUCUAUUAUGUCUAUCCUGAGCGAUCCUGUGUGCCAGACUCUCCAACUUGGUUUUCAAACCAGGCAGUGCAGCCAGCCAGCCUCUCCAAGAUGCUGCAUCGUGCCCUCAUGGUGAAAGAAAUCCAGGAAGCACUCAUGGAGUGAUUCAAGGUGUUUUGUAGUGUAUUGUGUAAUUUUUAUUACCAGCUGACCUUUGGCUGCAUUCACACUGACUAGUUUCUUACCAUGGUUGUUCACCACAUCAUCAUCAUUGUCAUUGUCAUCAUUGUCAUUAUCAUUCAUUUAAUGUCCUUAUUUUCCUUUAUGGGGUUGGGAAGCACAUGAAUUUCUCCUACUUUUUUGUAGUCAGAGACUUCAUGCAUUAGGAGCAAAAAGGUUUCCUUUUUGGAUGCCCUUCUCAAACUAUGAAUGGAUUUAAAUUGAGGGUGACCUAGCCCUAGUGGACUUCUGACAAGAUUAUCAAGGACUCCUUCUGUGAGACUGAUUGCAUCAUGUGAUGCAGUACCUACAUCUCACAGUAGGCGGUAUAUCGCUUUGUCCUACACUGACCACUGCAUGGUGAUGUAAACAACAAUUCAUUGUAUCAUGCAAACAACUUGCUGUGAACUGCAAUAAACUGAAGAUUCAUGCAUAGAUUUUCACACUAGAUGGUCACAACCAGUCUGCCACCACAGCAGCUGAUGCACUCUGGAUGCUUCAUUGUGCUGGGUCAGUAUUGUGCUGCAUGCAGCUUUGAUAAGCAGGAAGAUGUUGUGAAAAUAACCUGAGGUGGAUUACAGGUAUCAUUUUAUGGUUAUUUGUUACUCUUCUGAUAUGUUUAUGUGAAUAUUUGUUAAAUAUAUGAUAGUAGUUUUAUGCCUU